GUUUCAAAGGAGGGGGGCGCUCGCAUUCCCAAACAUUGAUUUUUCUUCGUUUCGCUGGACGCCAAUGUCGCAAGCUGUCAAUUGGCUAAGCUGACGCUCGUAUUAGUUAACAAACUGCAGCAAUUACGUGUGGACUAACAAAAUGAGCGGCGACGAGAGCUGCAACGAAAAGCAGACGCUAAAUCUUUGCAAGCAGCAACUGAAGAAGGUGCCAAAGCAGGAUGAUGCCCAGAAUAUACGCAAACUUAUACUGGACGACAAUGAGCUGCAGAAGAUUGACAACAUUGAUUCGUAUUUGAAAAUCGAAACGUUAUCCUUGAGCCGCAAUCAAUUGCUGCGCAUGUUUGGCGUCUGUCGUUUGCAUUGCUUGCGUGAAUUGAAUCUCUCCUUCAAUGGCAUACUCUCCAUUGAGGGUCUAAAGGAAUGCGUGCAUUUGCGUGAACUAAAUCUAGAGGGCAACAACAUCAAGACCAUCGAACAUCUCAAUACGAAUGUGCUGCUAGAGUCCCUUAAUCUGGCGGACAAUAGCAUUGGCAGCAUCUCGGAUAUGUCCUACUUGCGAUCGCUGCGCGAACUCAAUUUGCAUGGCAAUCGUUUGACGCAUUUGCGUCAGUGUGACAAAUAUUUGCCCGCUUCGCUGGAGACCUUGACACUGGCCAAGAAUAGCAUCAAUGAUCUGAAUGAGAUUUGUACGUUGUCGCAUCUGAGCAAGUUGCUCAGCUUUUCCAUCACUGACAAUCCCUGUGUCACAAUGGCAAAUAGCGUGGAUGGCUUUGAUCAUCGUCCUUUUGUGUUAAACUGGUGCAUGAGCUUAAAGUUCAUCGAUGGCUACGUUGUGGAUCCCAUUGAGAGCUUGAAAGCCGAAUGGUUGUAUAGUCAAGGACGCGGACGACAGUUUCGUGUGGGCGAACAGGCCGCUUUAGCCAAAUACUUGAGUUCAGUGUGUCCACUGUUUGGCAAAGCGUUGGAGAAUGAGCACGAUCGCAAGCUGCGUUUGAUACUGAGCAAGGCGCAGCAUCAUCAGCGUCAGCUGCAGGAGGAGAUCAUGGACAAUGCGCAGAGUUCGGCGAGCACAUCGCCAUCGGCGCAUCGCAAGAAGCCCACAAGUCGCAUACAGUCGCCACGCUUUUCACGUUUGAGCGGACGUCAGGGUUCGCCGGAAUCCAUGGUGAACAGCUAUCAUGGCAAUAGCAGCAACAACAGUUUGAGUAGCACUGAUAAUGGCAUCGUUAAUCAUCAUGGCUUGCAGAUGAGCACAUCGUUGAUUGAGAAUAUUAAGAACGGGGAUGGCGAUAACUUCUCGCUGGCUAGCAGCAUGUCUGGCAUGUCGAGCAGCGUUAAUACGAAGACCUACAACUCCACAGAGUCGACGCCGCGCAACAUAACUCCUAAUCCUUAUAAUGAGCAAACUUUCAUUGGUCAAGCACCUUUGGGCGGUCCUUUGGCUGCCGCCUCGAAAAUGGUGCCGGUGCCCGAGACUCUGAUGAGUCCUGACGUUUGUCCCGCCGCCGUUGCCCAGCGUGUGACGGUCACAUCAGCAGCAGCAGCGCAGCAGCUGCACAAAACCAAAGGCAACAAAAACAAAGACAACAAAUUGAAUUUGCCACGUGUGCGCAGUCCUCAACUACGUCGCAUGCAAAGUCCCACGAGCAGUCCACGCAAAACCGAUCGUAGCUCGCAGCUGCAGCAACCUCAACCCAUGCCAGCGGUUGCCACAAUGUUGCAGGGCAAUGCUACAGAUGCCAGUGGCUUUAGCACCGAUGAUGAUGGCGAGCAGAUCAACAUUGAAAAGUUGCGCACGAUUCGUAAAAUGGCAGCACAACGUACACAGCAACAACAACAGCAUCAACAGCAGCAGUUGCUGGAGAACAAUAAUCUUAACUGUGCGGAUCGGCUGAUAGAGCAUGUGACGGAGUCAUCGGCGGUGACCAUACAGAAGAUGUGGCGAGGUUAUCAUACACGCAAGAAAACCAAAGAUAUUGCCGAGAAGCUGCACAAACAGCGCACACACGAAUACAUUGACAAACUUAAUAAGGACAUGCAGCUGACCAAGGCGCAACUGCAGAACGAACGCAAAAUCCAACAGCUGCAGAUGCAGGCCAUCAAUGCGCUCUGGAAAAAAGUCUCCACAAUGCAAGUGGAUGCCAAAGCAGGCAGCGAGCAGCAGCAACUGCCAGAGGAGACACCAACAACAACAACAACAGAUGGCAGCCAAGGCAGUCAAGGACAAUUGUGUCUUGAUCAGAACUCGGCAGCUGUUGUCAACGAUUUGGCCAAGCGUUGCACAAUCCUAACUGACCAGGUGCAACAGCUGCAAAGCUCCAUUGGCACCAUUGUCAACUGCCUGACCAUGGUGUGCAAUCUGCCACAGGAUGCGUUGCGCAAACAAAUCAACAGCUCCUCGGAAUGCGACGAGGCCACCGAUCAGCAAUCGUCAGGCGUGGAAUUGCGCGACAGCAGCUCAACGCAAACGGAUUUGAUUGCUGUGCACACGCCUCAGCUGGAAGAUUUAAGUAAUUUCCCCUUUACGAAACCAAGACCAUCGACAUUGGCACUGGAAUCGAAGCAUGAUGCCUUGCUGGAGACUGCCAAAAUUGCAGGCGAGGCAGCGGCAACAGGAACUGCAGAAGAUGCUGACGAAUCGAAGGAAAACAUUGAACAGGAAGAAGUUCAGUUAAAUUGAAUCCUCACUGAAAAUGGACGCUUUAUAAGCACAGAUCUCAAGCGCGCAUAAACAAAAAAUAUUCUUAGGCUUUGGUAGCUUUUGCAAGCGAAUUUUAGUUACAAACAGCAGCCGCAAAAAAAACAA